UCUCUCUCUCUCUCUCUCUCUCUCUCUCUCUCUCUCUCUCUCUCUGUGAGUGUGUGUAUGUUUAUUUAUUUAUUUUUAAACCCGGGAAGAGAUAAGGCUCGCCUGUCCUACUGAGAGGCCGAAGGACUGGGAUCCUGCAACGUUUGGACCAGCCAUGGAAAAACUCCUGAAAGCCGAAUUGAAAACCACCGUGCUGAAGGCAUUUGGCAGCUCGGGCGGAGGGUGCAUUAGCCACGGGCAGAGCUAUGAAACCGACCACGGGCGAGUGUUUGUUAAAGUCAACAGCAAACCUCAGGCGAGGACAAUGUUCGAGGGAGAAAUGGCUAGCUUAAUAGCCAUUCAGCAGACCAACACUGUGCGGGUUCCAAAACCAAUUAAAGUGAUCGACCUUCCUGGAGGCGGAGCUGUGUUUGCUAUGGAGCACCUAAAGAUGAAGAGUCUCAAUAAAUACUCUGCAAAACUUGGAGAGCAGAUAGCCGAUCUUCACCUCUAUAACAAAAAACUUAGCGAAAAAUUAAAGAAGGAAGAAAACACAGUUGGGAAAGGUGCAGGCCAGAUAGAACCGUGCCAUGUGGAUAAAUUUGGAUUCCAUAUCGUUACUUGCUGUGGUUUUAUAACUCAGGUGAACGAAUGGCAAAGUGACUGGCCUACGUUCUUUACCCGCCACCGCCUUCAAGCCCAAAUGGAUCUGAUUGAAAGAGAUUAUGGAGACAGAGAAGCAAGAGAACUGUGGUCUCAGCUGAAGCCCAAGAUUCCUGAGAUGUUUCAUGAUGUGGAGAUCAUCCCUGCUCUCGUGCAUGGGGACCUGUGGGCAGGAAAUGUAGCUGAAGAUGAGUCUGGCCCUAUUCUCUUUGAUCCUGCUUGCUUCUAUGGGCAUUCAGAAUUUGAACUUGCCAUUUCUAUGAUGUUUGGUGGUUUCAGCAGCUCUUUCUUCACUGCAUAUCACAGCAAAAUCCCCAGGGCUCCAGGGUUUGAAAAACGCAACAAACUUUAUCAGCUAUUUAAUUAUAUUAACCACUGGAACCAUUUUGGUACAGGAUAUCGGGGAUCUACUCUUAAUGUAAUGCGGAAGCUCUUAAAGUAAUCCUUGAGCAUCCAUCCUAAGUAAGUAAUUCCUGAUUUUGAUGUCAGAAUAAUAUCAAAUACAGUGUAUCAGAGAUUGUGGAGAGUCACCUGAAGUUACAAAAAGCAAAGGUUAAGGUGAUAUUUGUACACUUUUGAUUCCUCUCAAAAUGCUUGCAGUGGUUUUGUAAUUUUUGCACCCUGUAAUUGUCAACCAGCAUACUAAUAACCACUUGAAUAAGUUAGGGAAUCUAGGGACACGGUGUAUAGUUUGACAUCCCAAGAAGUGACUUCUGUCUCAGUAUGAAAACAUCUAAUCCAACAGGUCACCCAAUGUUUCAUUAUGGUAGUGAUCUACAUCUAGUAGACAA